CUCUCUCUCUCUCUCUCUCUCUCUCUCUCUCUCUCUCUCUCUCUCUCUCUCUCUCUCUCUCUCUCUCUCUCUCUCUCUCUCUCUCUCGCCAAUAGAGGAAAGUAAAAAAAUGGCAUAAUCACUAAACAAAACAUCCUCGAUUUUUCAGUAAUAAAAUGACAGGAAGGAGCCACCACAAUAGUUUCCAGUUUACAACGACAGUGCAGCCACCCACAGGCGGUUACAUGUAUACUUUUGGGAACAACUCGGAGACUGAAUAUUCAGAGGAGGAUGGUGAGACGUUUGAACUUCGUUCCAGGGGGAAGGAGCGGCAUCGCAGGAGCACAUCUACAGAUCGGAAGGAUGAUAUUGUGUACUUGAUAAGGGACAUUAAAGAGGGAGAUACUCUUAUCAGCAUUUCUCUGCAGUAUUUCUGCACAGUUGCAGAUAUAAAGAGGGCCAAUAAUCUACUGACCGAGCAGGAUUUCUUUGCCUUGCGGUCUAUAAGGAUCCCUGUAAAGAAGUUCAGCUCUUUUACAGAAACCCACAAUACCACUUCUCACAAAACCAGUUCACCUGGUGGCACUCACAGAAUCGCAGAGAUCCCAAUUCCUGGAGCUUCCUUGGACUCUUCUUCAUCAUCCUCAUCAGCUGAUAGUGUGGAGUGCUUUCUGCAGGAGAAGGAUAAAGACAUUGAACUAGUCAAGUCCUCUGCCCCAUCCAGGAGCAACCUGAGUGAGGUAGUUUCUUCACUGGAGCAGCCUCUUUUGGGUGACCCUGAUCGCAGACCAUUUCAAAAGAAAGACCCAUAUUAUGGAGCCGACUGGGGAAUGAGGUGGUGGACUGCAGUGGCUAUCAUGUUGGUCGUGGGCAUUGUUACACCUGUUUUUUACCUGCUGUACUAUGAGGUCCUUAUGAAAGCAGAUGUUAGCCACCACACUACAAUAGAUUCUGUUAGACCUGGACCAACACAACCAGCUGUCGCUGAGCCACUUGUUUUACCACAGGCCAGUGCUGGCUCUUACCCUGACUCUCACGUACAGCCUGUUAGGAAGCAUGAUACAGAAACAUGAAUAGUACCAGGCAAUCAAUUUGAAGUUAUAAGCAAAACUACAUUUAAAGGUGACAUUAUACUUCAAUACCAUUGAGGAUUGAUUAAUCCAGUAAUAAUUCCUUAUGUUUUGAAUUUUUCCUUGAUACAUUUUGCACAAUUGAAAACUGGUUUUGUUGGGUAGGUCACUCAUGAGCCAGUGUAUAGUUCUGUACCUCCAGUAAGCUCAGUUUGCCUUAUGGCUACUGUCUAGUUGUCAGGAAAAUAAACAAUACUUUAUUUUUAAGAAAUGUAUCCAAAAUCAGUAUUGCAAAUAAUGGUAACAAUGUUGCUUGGAUAAAACAGAAACAUAAUGGAGGAAUGUUUCUGUUUAGCAGGAGCACAAUAAUAAUUUGUGAAAAGUUCUCAGACAUGUGCUCACAUUGAGUCAAACAGCAGGUUUAUACAUUUUAAUGAAACGUGGAGUACAGUGAUUGCUUUUGAACAUGUGCCUUCAUCCUGUAUUCUGUAGAUGCAGGUUGAAAAUAAAGAAACUAUAUUUUAGUAUCUAAAUCUCAUGUUUUUUAUGGAUUAUAGCUUUGUUUAAGCUUGUGUAUUAAUUAAAUCAAAAUUUAGUGUCAAUUAAUAAUACAUGCACAUACGUAUUGAUGUCCAACAUUUUUUUGUAUAAUACCGAUUUGAAUAAUUAGAUUUUAAAAUUAACAAAAUUUUUCAUUUGCUAGUAAGUAGCCUCAUCCAUGUUGUCAUCACUUCCUGCUCCGUAAUCAUCAUCAUCUUCAAAGUAGUUUGCUAUGUAGUCGUUCUCCUGCAAAAAAGUUAUAAAAUAAUGAGUGUACUAGGAGGGUACUUUUUCUAUUUUGGCAUUCAGCUGAUCCCAGCAUCAUGGGGAUGUUUAAAAAUAUGCAAGCAGGCACACUUGACAAAAAUAAUUGGGCGGUUUCCCGGACGGGGAUUAGACUACUCCUAGACUAAAAUAAAUGUAAGAGCUGUCCAAACUGAAAACUACUUGCAUUGACGUAUCUUAAAGAGCCACACAGAUCCAAAAUCGAAACUUACCUUUAUUGCAGUGUGUCGUGUAGCGGUCCAUCAAUGUAAACGACGUGUAAAGUAGUUGAACUAAAAAGUGCACGAUUAAUAAAGUUAUUGGCUUCUUAAGUAGGGAGUCGACUCUGAAUCGCUGAAACGAGUCGUUAUAGGGAGUGAGUCUUCUUCCUGAUAUUAUCCACGUCACUCAAACUUAUCCACGUCACAUGAGAUACUAAUCUCCGCCUACAGCCUUGCCCGGGAGAAACGAAAACUAUGACCCGCCCACAGCUAGUUAGUGUGUGAGUGUAAACAUCAGCUCACGCUGUGUUUUCAGCUUGUGUUGUUUUCACUACCAAAGGAGACUUUUUCAAGGAGGGAUAUUCUAAACGUGUCUGGCUGUGAAGAAUCAGUGGUUAAAAUUAAUUUUAACGGAGGGAUUUAGACGUUUGGCAAUGAAAGUGGUUCAGUACCCACUUUAUUUGGAACAACAUGCGUCUCCUAACCACAAACUGUAAGUAUGAUUAUAGCUACAUACUUGCUUAAAAGAGUGUAAAAUGUCUAUAUUCGUUUUUAUUGCUUGGAUUAAUGAUGAAUGAUAUCGUUGUUUAAACUCUUAACUUAUAUACUGUCAGAGUCACGAUAGAAAGCGGUUUUGCUAUGACCCGGUUAGUUUACAUAAAUGCUUAAAUGAGUGUAAAAUUGUUAGCUUCAAUCGUCGUUUGUAUUGUUUGGAUUAAUGAUGAAUGAUGUUGUGUGUUUAAACUGUUAAUGUACUGUCAGAGAGUCACGUUAGCAAACAGCUAACCCAUGCUCAUUUACGGUUUUGUUAUGACCCGGUUAGUUUACAUAAAUGCUUAAAUGAGUGUAAAAUGUCUAUAUUCGUUUUUAUUGCUUGGAUUAAUGAUGAAUGAUAUCGUUGUUUAAACUCUAACUUAUAUACUGUCAGAGUCACGAUAGCAAGCGGUUUUGCUAUGACCCGGUUAGUUUACAUAACUGCUUAAAUGAGUCUAAAAUUGUUAGCUUCAAUCGUCAUUUGUAUUGUUUAGAUUAAUGAUGAAUGAUGUUGUGUGUUUAAACUGUUAAUGUACUGUCAGAGAGUCACGUUAGCAAACAGCUAACCCAUGCUCAUUUACGGUUUUGUUAUGACCCGGUUAGUUUACAUAUAUGCUUAAAUGAGUGUAAAAUGUCAAUAUUCGUUUUUAUUGCUUGGAUUAAUGAUGAAUGAUAUCGUUGUUUAAACUCUAACUUAUGUACUGUCAGAGUCACGAUAGCAAGCGGUUUUGCUAUGACCCGGUUAGUUUACAUAAAUGCUUAAUUGAGUGUAAAAUUGUUAGUUUCAAUCGUCGUUUGUAUUGUUUGGAUUAAUGAUGAAUGAUGUUGUGUGUUUAAACUGUUAAUUUACUGUCAGAGAGUCACGUUAGCAGACGGCUAACGCAUGCUCAUUUACGGUUUUGUUAUGACCCGGUUAGUUUACAUAAAUGCUUAAAUGAGUGUAAAAUGUUAGUUUCAAUCGUCGUUGUUAUUGCUUGGAUUAAUGAUGAAUGAUGUGUAUUGAUGUUGAUAAUGUCUUCUCAGUAAAUCAUGUUAGCACGAGGUCAAUACAUGUUGCACUGUUGUUGGUCUGUGCCACCGAUCUGUGGUCUGUGAGACUGAUCUGUGCAAAGACACUGUGUCAGUUGACCAAUCAGAGCAGAGUAGGCUACUGAAAUAUGGGGUCAGAUUUGUUUCGUAUUUCUGAAUAAAUAUACUAUGAUCCACAAAUAAAUAUAGAGAGUUUCAUAAAUAUUUUUUUAAAUUCACAAAUGCACAAUAAGCGAACCAUAAAUAUAUGUUAGACAUUUCAUAAAAAGGAAGGAAAUUCACAAAUAAAUAAAAUGGGAUUUGCAAAUGAAAAAAUAUUUAUAAAUAUAUAUUUUUAUUUUAUUUAUAUGUGAAUGGCUUCCUGCGCAUUUGUGGAUCGCUUUCUGUGCAUUUGUGAAUUGCUGCACUCAUUUGUGGAUCGCGUUCUGUGCAUUUGUGGAUUUGAAACAUUUCUAACGUCAAGACGUGCACAAGAAUCCACAAAUAGGUGGACUCCGCCCACCGUCUACUCCAGCCAAUCAGACAACAAGCACACUGUGCUGACCAAUCGUGGCACGAUCUCCCUUCAACCAAUCACAGAGUCUUUUCUAGAAACAUUGUGCAAAAGACCCAGACGGAGGAGGACUUUUAUUAUGACAGCGAGUAUCGCUCACUCAAAGCAAUGGCGGAAGAGCGCAAGUUUUGUACAAGUGUUUCGCUGUGUGAGGCAUGAAUCGUGUUGUUGUGGAGACAAUAGCACCAGAUUGUUACGCGGGUGUUCAUGUGUGUCAUUAGAGUGAGUAGAUUUGCAUGUUUUUUUUUUUUUUGUUAAAAUUUCCGUUAUUAAUAGCGCUAACAUGUUAUUAGCUAAACUGUGAAUCUACUACGCUGUAACGCUAUAUAAAUCACUUUCUUUUGCUGUUCAUCAAUGUGUUUAUUCUGUAAUAAUGUCAGUUAUAUUACAUAAGUUGUGUAAACACUGCUAAUGGUGUAAAAUGUGUCAUUUGAGACACGUCUGUUUAUGUUAUUUUGAUGAUGUAUGAGGGGAGAAGCUGUAGCUAAUUUGUCAAUGUUAUGUAUGUUUAUUAGCAUUAGUGUUACUUUGGGAAUCCUGUUGUAAUCUGUUGCAGGAAACCACGUCUACACCUGCCUAUGAUCUGGCUAAACUCUCAAAUAUAGCCAGGCACUCAUGCAUCUCCAUUCACAUGCCAUGCAACCAAGCUCAUAAAUACAGCUCUGGCCUAUCUCUCUUAAAGGAGCAUACCCUCAUCCUGUGCAGAGCUUCUUUAAAGGACUACUACCAAUAUUUACCAUUACCUUCAUCAACGACUGCUCUGCUAUCCAAGUUGUGCCUCUCAUUCAGAGUUCUGUGCGGUGUGUGCUACCUCGUAAAUACUGAAUGCUGGAUCUCUCCUAUCUAAUGUAUGUUCUCUUGUGUGCCUAAUAAACAGCUCAAGUUGG